AGUGGCAGUAACAGUAGUAGUCGCAGUUGUAACAGUUGUAGUAGUAACAGUAACAGUAGUAGUAGUAGCAGUAGUAACAGUUCUAGUAAUAACAGUAGCAGUAGUAGCAGCAGUAACAGUAGUAGUAGUAGUAGCAGUAGUAACAGUUGUAGUAGUAGCAGUAGUAGCAGCAGUAACAGUAGUAGUCGUAGUAGUAGCAGCAGUAACAGUAGUAGUAGUAGUAGCAGCAGUAACAGUAGUAGUAGUAGCCUUAGUAACAGUUGUAGUAGUAACAGUAACAGUAGUCGUAGCAGUAGUAACAGUUGUAGUAGUAACAGUAACAGUAGCAGUAGUAGUAGUAGCAGUAGUAACAGUUCUAGUAAUAACAGUAGCAGUAGUAGCAGCAGUAACAGUUGUAGUAGUAGUAGCAGUAGUAACAGUUGUAGUAGUAGCAGUAGUAGCAGCAGUAACAGUAGUAGUAGUAGUAGCAGUAGUAACAGUUGUAGUAGUAGCAGUAGUAGCAGCAGUAACAGUAGUAGUCGUAGUAGUAGCAGCAGUAACAGUAGUAGUAGUAGUAGCAGUAGUAGUAGUAGUAGCAGCAGUAACAGUAGUAGUAGUAGUAGCAGCAGUCAAAGUAGUAGUAGUAGUAAUAGUAGUAGUAGUAGUAGUAGUAGUAGUAGUAGUAGUAGUAGUAGCAGC